CUGAAAGCUAAUAAGCAGACAUUACUUAAUAUGAAUUUUAACGCGUCCAGUGCGGCUUGACCACAAUGUGGUCACACUUUGCUGUCUUUUCCAACCCCUAGAAUGCACAGCCGCACUGAACAUGUUAACUCAUAUGUAUUACUGCUACUAUGGUAUUCUGGGGGAAAUUAUCAGCAUGUUUUCUUUAACUUUACCAGACAAGUGUUUUGCAGUUGGCCGUGAGAAACCCUUCUCAUAAAGGGAGGUGUUGUGACAGAUUAUUGUCAAAAUACACGUUAAUGGAAAUUAUUUCAUUUAAGAAAAUCUUGUUUAUUGGCUGGUACUGUUAGGUCUGACCUGAGGUAAAUGUUUCUGUUGAUGAAGUUUACUAGCCAUAAGUAAACGACCCACUGUCCUCGAGGGGGAAAAAUACUAGCACUAAUGCAGGUCUGGGGUUUACAGGUGUGAGAAGCUCAGAGUAGGUGUAGUCAGCUUGUUGGUGUAGAUAUAUGAGGAACAUCAUCGACGAUCCGCCCGCUUCCAACUUCGACGCCGGCAAGUCGACGAAGGGCGCGAGCAAGCUACGACGGGACCUGAUAAACGCGGAGAUUGCCAACCUGCGGGAUCUGCUGCCGUUGCCGCCCUCCACCCGGCAGCGCCUCUCCCAGCUGCAGCUCAUGGCGCUCGUCUGUGUGUACGUGCGCAAGGCCAACUACUUCCAGCAAGUUAUGAAGCGGCCAGAGGUCCAUCUGGAUCCAACCCCCAACCUAGGAUUUUCGAAGGCACUUAGUGGGUUCCUGAUGAUGAUGACGCAGAACGGCAAGCUUCUCUACAUAUCGGACAACGCCGCCGAGUACCUGGGCCACUCCAUGGAGGACCUACUGAUCCAUGGGGACUCGGCGUAUGAUCUCCUCGACCGGCAAGAUCAUGCUGGGGUGCAGACGGAAUUGUUGAGGUCCGGGGACGACGAACGACUAUUCCUCUGCAGGAUGAACGUGUCCAGGAACGCAAGAAGGCAGAUGCGCUUUGGUGACCAGAAGGUGGUCCUAGUACAGGGACACUACCUGUCCUUCGUGCCGCUGUGCGCUCGCAAUGAGCCCGUGUUCCUGGCCACCUGCACUCCGGUGGCCAUGCCCGAGACACGCGAGUGUGUGGUGCAGGGCGCCACAAACGUUUUCACUACCAUCCACGCCAUGGACAUGACCUUCCUGCACGUGGACAAAAACGGCGAGUUUCACCUGGGGUUUUGCCGUUCAGAACUCCAGUCCGUCUCAUGGUACCACCUUCUGCACUGGGACUGCAUGCGGGAGGCUCAGAGCAAGCACAGACUGAUCACCCAGUCGGAGCAGGAGCGGUCGUGUAUCCUGCUCCUGCGGCUGCAGCGGCGCCUCGGGGACUGGCUGUGGGUGCACUGCGUGCUGCAGGUCAAGGACAACAUGGACAACAGUCAGACCCCCGUCAUUGUGUGCACCAACCAGGUCCUCAGCGAUCGGGAGGCGGCCGUGAUGGCAGCCAACAGCUGGCUCUACCAGCACUACACGAUGCAGAGCAAGCUGCAGUACGGGCUGGCCCUGGAGGCGCAGCAGGCGGGGCAGCGCACCACCCAACCACCGGCGCCGUCCACGCCCACGCCGUACAUGUCGCCGUACAUGGAGUACCAGCACCACCCCGGCUACCUUCAGCCGCACCAGGCGCCCUCGCCUGGAGUCAUCGCGUACCACCCGGGCCACGUCCAGCACCCGCACCCACACCACCCCCACCACCAUCACCACCACGUGAACGGCAACGGGGGAGGGCUCCACCACCUGGACCAGCAGCACCAACUGCACGUGCCCAUCCCCCACAACCCCGUCACCACGCUGCACACACCCAUACCGCACGUCGCGCCCGGCGGCGGCCUGCACACUCCUGCGUCAACGCCGUCCUCCAGGAGCCCAGAGUACCCUACGACGUCCGCCCUCGGUGGUCCGGACGACGUGGCGGCCAGGUUUCACUACCGGCCGCUGCCACACGGCGCCGAGCCCGUCGACUAUUCCCGGCACAGUGACGCUGGAUCUACGCUGCCUGGAUACGCGUUGCACCUCCCAACGCACCACGAAGACCUGCACCUGCAUGGUCACCACCACCCCGUCGGCCACCACCCCUCUCCUCAUCACAACGGCCUGAACAAGCGCAAGGCGUCUGCGGCCGCCCUUGACGACCACCACCACAUCCACCACCACCCGCUGGACUCGCGGAGCCCACCAGAGUCCACGUCGCCGCGAUCGUCGUCCUCACCCUCGCCCGGCGACCACCUGGGCGGCGUGGUGACGCCGGCGUCGUCGGCCGAGGACCGCAGCGGCGGCGCGGCGACGAGCGUCCUGGUGGCCGGGCGGCAGCACGCCCUGAGCGGCGUGUCAGCCAGGCACCGCGGCCUCUUGCACGUCAAGACGGCCGCGAUCACGGACCCGACCGAGCUGAUGGAGCAGUGGAACCCCUCGCCGCCGUGGUCCGACACGACGGUGCAGCGCGUCCCGGACUUGUCGCACCAGGAGCUCAGCCCGUACGUGACGGCCACGCCGCCCACCCCCACGGGGACGCCCGGCUGCUACGGCGGGGCGCCCUCCCACCAGCCGGGCGCCGGAGGGGGCUACUCGGCCUUCUCGUUCGACCUGACACCGGAGCAGUACGUGCCCAACGUGAUGCCGCCGGGCGCGCCGCCGCCGCCCAGGCCGUCGGGUCCCGGGGGCGGCGGGGGCGAAGGGGGCGGCAGCACGGCGGAGCAGCACGAGCAGCAAGACUUGAUGUGGGCGGAGCAGGCGGAGCGGAGGCUCUUCCCGCUGCACCCGCCGCCGCUGUCCAGGACCUCCGGGGUGAUCCUCGCCGCGCCGCCCAGGCCGGAGGAGGCGCAGCCGCACAGGUCACCCGCCGCAGAUUCUCGGGAUUCCGGAGGCAGCGUCUGACUGUCUGAUCGUCGUUCGAAGUCUUCACUGAGCGAAGCAGGUUGUUGUGCGCUGUGACCGCGUUGCUGCCAAACUAUUUCUUUAUAAAAAUUAGAUGUCCGAGUGACUCCGGAACGUCUUCAGAGUAUGACAUAUUGUCAUGAUUGCCUGUGAUUCAAAUGUGAGUAAUCAUACUGAUUGAUUACGUUGCCAAAUUGCGUGUUCAAGGUCGUAGGGUAUAGCCAAGCUAACAGACGAUUUGACUGGCUUGACAUUUUAUUCUCCGGUAGUCGUGAAAUUGAUUUAAACAAAAUAACUGUGUAACUGUUGAGCCAUAAAUCGUAUUGGAAAUACGUAAGUCUUUCCGUGUUGUGACUGACGUUUGUGGAAAUGACUGCCAUAUGUUUUGAAUCAGAUCUGAAGAUGGAUAUUAUAUUGUGCAUUGUGCGCGCAGCGUACAGUUCAAAAUAUUUCAUUCGUUUUGAUACAUUUCGCAAUAUUAUCGUUUACCCUAUUGUAGGGACAUGGGUGCCCUACUUUUCCUUGAACUUCUCAAUGGUGUGAAAAUGUGUUAUAGUACCUUUGUGAAAAGUUUUUUUUUCUAUUUUUGCUUAUAAAGCGAGACUGUGAUACAGUAGAAGUUGGGGCGCAACGCGCCCUUACGCAGAGCACCCUUUGUCAUCAAUUCUAGUGUAGGAAAUAUAUAAUUGUUGAAAUUGAAGCUCAAAACCGUAGAACUCAUUUCCUGGAGCACAAGCGUUGUGUGUCAUUCUGAUGAAAGCAGGUUAGUGCAUUGUAAAAAUAUCAAAGUGUCGCACCGCACAUUUUUCUGUGUGCCGCACUGCCUUACUUUGAUAGUAAAAGUGGUGACCUUUGGCUCAAAUUGUAAAGGAUGUUUAGUGUGUUUUGUUGU